UAGUUUAACAACUAUACAUUUUUCACACUAAAUAUAUACAAUGCUGACCUAUAAAUUUCUAUAUACAUAUGUAUAUGAUUAAUAUUUUUUUGUUUAUCUGGUUGUCCACCCUGUUUUCCGAUCAUGAGUCGAAGAUGUCAUUAAAUUAGCGGCAAAACGUGAGCGUUUGUAUAGAAGUUACCGCGUAUUUUAUUAUAUUGUGAAGAUUUUAGCGUAUUUGUUUUGAUUCGUUAUUUUAUUAUAUAUCCGAAAGAUUGUGAAUGCAAGUGUAUUUUUGAAUGUUUUAUGUCAUUUUAAACUUGUGUGUCACUGCAUGUUAAAACGUGCGUAGAUUGGUAAAGAGGGAGUGUACCAAUUAUGUCUGGAAAGCGUAAUAUAUCGUAUGUUAAACCACAAGAUCCGAGUUUUCUAGCCAAGUUAAAGUCACAAAUCGGGUAUAAAGAGGGGCCAACUGUUGAAACCAAGCGUCAAAAAGUUGAUUUCGACGACCAUAGCUCAGAUAGCGACCGCGAAGAGGAGAAGCCCCAAAUCGUUGUUUUGCAGAGUGGAGAUUUGACAGCUGAAGAAGUGCAGAAAGAGGAGGCUCGAAUCGCAAAAGAAGCAGCGGAGGCAAAAGCCGAUCUCAGUAAGCCAAUAGUGUUCCAGAAGCGAAAAGAAACUCAAAGUAAUUCGGAAGCAUUGACAAGUGCCGACAGCUCUAUAUCCAAUAAUCAUAGUUCCAAUACCUCUCAAACAAACAAAAAGGUCGAAGAAAGAAAGGAAAAAUCAAACAAAGGCGAAUCCAAAUCACUUAAAAAGAAGAAGGACAACCAAAAAAGCAAGCUAUCGUUUAACGUCGACGAGGAGGAAGACGACGACAUAUAAAAUUAAAUCAAAUACAAAGUCACGCUUGGCAUUGUUUACUUCUUAAAUAGUGUCCAACACUUCCAUUUGAUGGUCAAAAUUUAAAUUUUGUUGAGAAAAUAUAAACGCUUGAAGCAAAUGACUGAAGUCGAUGGUAUAAUGCCAGAGGCAACAACACAACCCAUUUCCUCCACUCAUGCUAUAACUGAGGAACACUCAGUGCCCAGUAGUAGCGAUUACACGGAUGCCAAUGCUUCGGCAGUGGUCAGCAAUGAUGAACAACAACAAUUGAAAGAACAGAAUGGUUUGAACAAAAUCAAUAACAGUCGAGUGUCAACGGACGUCGACAUGCGUAACGAGCAAAUGGACGUAGAUGGCGCUGAUACCGAAGAAGAAGAUGAUUCCCAAAUGACGGCAUCAUCUACCACAGAAAACGGCAGAGGUGUAGAUGGUGGCGGUGGUGAAGAUAGUAAAAUGUCAACGGGCGAAGAUGAUGGGAAUGCGGCGCACGUAGAAGAAGAAAAACGACUAAAUAAUGAUAAUAAAGUCGAUGGCUUAAUCGUUCCCAUGGUGGCCAGUUUAAAGGAUAAAUCGCGAAGUUUUUGCAAUGAUGAAUUACAAAAUUCUAAUACUUACACAGACAAAUCUGGUGGUGGUGAAAGCGACGAUGACACACACCGAUCGCGUAGUACUGUUGGCGAAGCGACUGAUCCAAAAGACAAUAGUAAUGAACCAAGUGAAAGUUUAGAAAGACCAGCCACCGUUAGCAGUAAUACCGAUAGCGUUAGUGAA